GUUGUUCCUCUACAUGUGGUCGCACCACAACAGAAGCUACGCCUUCCUCAGUCUAGUGUUGGUACUCUCUCAGCCUCCUGUCCACAGAACCCAAAAUUCUCUGUGGUGCUUAAAGCUUCAUUACAGCUUACUCUUUGUCUCUCUGCAAUUAAAGAGGUAGUUGAACAGCAUACAUGGCUUCCAUUGUUGCAAACUUGGCUUCUCCAGCAUUAUUAGCUUCUACUAGGACUACCCUUUUCAAGACUCUUCCAAAAUUUCCAGUUGUGCCAGUUAAAGGAAGACGGAAUGGUGCUGCUGUUGUUGUGAAGGCUGUUGGGGAGAGCUCAGAAUCAUCAAGCUCUCUCAGCAUUGUUAAAUCUGUUCAGGAUAUUUGGGACAAUCCUGAAGAACGGUGGGCUCUUGCCGGUUUAGGUUUCGCAGCUAUAGCAGCUUUAUGGGCAUCAUCAAAUUUUGUAUCGGCUGUUGACAAAUUACCGGUCCUCCCCAGCAUUCUGGAGCUCAUCGGCAUUCUUUACUCUUCAUGGUUUGUUUAUCGAUAUCUUUUAUUCAAACCUGAUCGGGAAGAGAUAUUCCGGAUCGUCAACAAGUCGGUAUCAGACAUUCUGGGACAAUAACCAUGCCUGCUGUGAAUUGCUGUUGAAACUGUAACUAAAUCAUAGAGCUCUAUCAUGCAUCUUUAUUGUAAGUGGCAGUGAACACAGACCAAUAUUUCAGUUGGUGGAUUUAAGUUUUGUAUGCAUCAAGUGAAAAAUCAAUUAUAAGUUCUUCCUUUGGCCCCUCUAA